GAAGAAGAGCACGUGUUUCCGGUUUUCCUCGGAGAGAAGUGUUUGUGAGGUAACAGAGAAUUAAAAUGGUGCGUAAAUUAAAAUAUCACGAGCAGAAGCUGUUGAAGAAGGUAGACUUCAUCAACUGGGAGGUGGACAACAACCUGCACGAGGUGAAGGUGUUACGGAAGUAUCACAUCGAGAAGCGCGAGGACUAUACAAAGUACAACAAGCUGAGUCGGAACAUCAGGGAUCUGGCGCAGAAGAUCAGAGACCUGGAUGAGAAGGAUGGCUUCAGAGCUCAGAGCACACACCGCUUCCUGGAAAAGCUGUACAGCAUCGGCCUGAUCCCCACCAGACAGAACCUGUCGCUGACAGAGAAGGUCACGGCCUCGUCCUUCUGCAGGAGGCGACUGCCCAGCAUCAUGCUGAACCUCCGCAUGGCUCAGAACCUGAAGACGGCCAUUACGUUCAUCCAACAAGGACAUGUUCGUGUCGGCCCGGACAUCGUCACAGAUCCAGCUUUUCUCGUCACAAGAAAUAUGGAAGAUUUUGUCACCUGGGUGGACUCGUCGAAGAUCAAGCAGCACGUCCUGAAUUAUAAUGACGAGAGAGACGACUUUGAUCUGAUAGCGUGAGUGGGAAUGAACUGUGCUGCGAAGACAACAGAAGAGGAGGAAUGCUUUAAAUUCCAACAGCACAGACUUACGGACUUCUGGGAAAACGUUCACUGUAGAGUCCUUCUGGAUACGAAGGAUGAAUGCUGCCACAUUCAGCAUGAAGCGGUCUUUCAAUGUAAAACUCCUGAGUCCUGGCUUUAACAUUAGGACCAGUGAAUGGGCCCUGAUUUCCUUUAAUUUGGGUGAUCGGCCGAUACUUACAGAGCACCUGAAUAAUAAAAAAAAAUUAUUAUAUCGGCCAAAAUCUGAAUCGGCAGAUCAGGUUGACCUUAUGGACCCAUUGACACACAUGUAAGUGUCUUUCCUUGUGUUAGUUAAGGGGUGAAAGAUCUGUGAUCAGCCAGAAAUCCUCAAUCGGUGAAGCCCUGUUUAAAAUACCUCAGGAUAAUAAUUUAAUUCCAGAACUUUUUUUUUGGAAAUAUUAAAAAAAAAUUCUGAUCCUUUUAGCUCAUUUCUUUGCUUCGAAUCACACUAUUCUAACCCGUUUCUCACCUCAUGGUAAAAAUCCAGGUCCUUUAUUUUGGUUGUGUUUUUAUUGCUUGUUCAUAACAAUUCAAAAAUGCACAAUAAAGGCAUCAGUAAAUAAAUGUAUUUUCUGAAAGAUGCUGAUUCAAUAGUAAACUUUCUGACAGGAACCUUGUGAACGUGACCAACCAGGAACUGAACCGGGUCUGAUUUUCACAGUAAGAAAAAGAAUAAUGUUUAGGUAUUGAAGUCAGUAACAGUGGCUGGUUUCCAAAUGAAAGUUACUGUUCAGGUUUGAUUUGAUGUAGUUUUCAAGUUGUUUAAUUAAAUCUAAUUAAAUUUU